UAAUCCUCCUAUAAAAUCCCGUCCAAACAAGUCACAGCGCAAAUUCUCUCUGUGUUAACCAAUAAAUGCAACUGAAUUCUUGAACCCGACCCGAACUCUAAUGGAUCGGAACCAACUGCAAAGCGAGCCUCCGACCAGAGACUUCAAAUCUCCAACUGUUCUCUCAAUCGAGUGCCUCAAAGGCAGCUCCAAGGCCGAUGAAUGGACUGGCGACAUGCUCCAGACCGGCGACAUCGUCGAAGAGAUCGGGUUGGGAUUUGGAAGAGGAUCGUCGUGUUCGUAUAAGUCGCCGUUUAAGAACGGGAAGAGCGGAGUUCAGAAAAUUCUGCACAGCUCGUUCAAGGGCAAAGAGACUUCGAUUCUGGUGAAAGUGAGGCGCGGCAACGAUGAGUUCACUGAGUUGCAAGCGUGUAUCGUGCCGGAGUCAAGCGGGAAGAAGAACCAGUACAUGUUGAGGUCCAUUGAUGACCCGAAUUACGCUGUCGGGUUCGUUGAUCGGACCGAGGCUGAGUGCUUCGAGUUGCAAGCUUCAAGGAGCACCAGGGUUGUAAGUGCAUUAUCUAGGGCUCGGCUUCAAGAUGGAUAUGUCUCAUAUCCUUGGGAUAGGAGGAAGCAGGAGGUGCUUUUAAUUCCCAAUUCAAGCUGCUUUCUCUCUAUGCUCCUCCUUCCAAAGGCCUCAGAUGCAAUGGCUUCUCGGUACAAUGAUGUGGAAGAUACUCUUGCUCGGGCAAAUGCUUGGCUAAAUGCAGCUCAAGCCUCUGGCGUCCCCAUUGUCUUUAUGAAUGUCCAAAUUGAGUCUUUGCUUACCAAGAUCUCGGGAGAGACAGCCUCCUCCACUGUGAAUGCUGGGUCACUAUCUGAUUUAUCAAACCUUGCAAAUGCAAGCCUGUAUGGUUUUGAGGAUUACCAUGGGAUUGAUCUUGGUGUUGUUAGAGCUGUUAGGCUCUGGUAUUCUUCUCUUGGAGGAGAGUUUGCAAUUGAGAUCAAAAUAAAAGAAGACGAUUCAAAGCUUGGAUUUGCCAUUAGUCGCACUGAAGAAGGAUUUAUAUACAUUUCAUCAGUGAUUGAUGAUAACGAAAGUGCACCCUCAACAAGGUCAGGGCUCAGCGUUCUCUACAAAGAAGCGACCAAUUCAUCAAGGCUGCUAGUGGUCUCGCGAGUAUCAAACGAGAAGGUCCUUCCCUGGAUGGUUUCUUCAAAAGGAGCAAUUAGAUGUUUUGACACUGUUUCCCUUAGCCAGAAGCUGUCAUUGCACCGGCAUGCCAAAGUCCCUAUACUCAUUCACGUGUUCUUAUGGGACGAGUCUUUAGUUUCCACAUUAGGGAGCAGUUUCAGGUCAAGAGCUACUUCCCCGCCUGCAAUGCCAUUGCCUCCAGAGGUUCGACUGGCACGCCAACCUAAUGACAACCAAAUUCAGCCUGUGUCACCUGAAGCUUUAGAUAACCAUAAUUAUGGAGGACUAAGUUCUGGUCAAGAGUUUAUAAUUGAAAGAGAUACAGCUGGGGAGGCCUCCUUCAGUUUCCAUGAUUUUGUUCUUCCAAACAACUGGGUUUGAUUUCUCAUCUCUCAUUUCUAAUUUCUCACCUUAUCCUGGUUCUCUGUUCGGUUGUUGUGAAGUGUAUUAGCAGGUAUUGCUUUUGUAUUCAGCCAAUCAAUCAUUCAUAUAGUCUAAUAGAGUAAUUUUAGAAUAAAAGGUAUAGAAUUAUAUAAUCAUAUAAUAGAGUGCAAAAUCAAAACAAAAUUUGUGUACAUGUAAUGAUAAUUGUGUGACAAUGAAUGUGUUUUUUUUAAAA